GAUCCCAUUUUGUUCACUCAUAAUCCCACCUGGGAUGAUUGUCAGCAGCUGUUGCAGGUGCUCUUCACCACAGAAGAACGGGAGCAAAUUCUGGCAGAGGCGCGGAAACGGGUACCAGGGGUCGACGGGAGGCCAACAGCCCAGCCUCAUCUUGUGAACGAGGGGUUUCCUCUGUUGCGGCCUAACUGGGAUUUUGAGCGGGUGGAAGGCAGGGAGCGUCUCCGAGUGUACCGCCAGACUCUAAUGGCUGGCCUGCGGCCGACAAAUCUGGCAAAGGUAAAUUUAGUAAGGCAAGAGCCCACUGAAAGCCCAGCAGCCUUCCUAGAGAGGCUGAUGGAAGCUUUCAGGCAAUAUACACCUAUGGACCCCCAGGCUGAGGAGUCACGCACUGCAAUUUUGUUAGCGUUUGUGAAUCAGGCAGCCCCAGAUAUUAGGAAAAAAUUACAAAAGGUAGAGGGAUUGGGAGAACAGACAAUACAGGAUUUACUGAAAGUAGCUGAAAGGGUAUUUAAUAAUAGGGAGACCCCAGAAGAAAGGGAAGAGCGAAUUCGGCGGGAGGAAAGGGAAUUAGCGGAGAAGAUCAGGAAAGAAGAUAAGGAACAUAGGGCGAGAGAAAACCGGAAGAACCAGAAGGAGCUAGCCCAGAUUCUUUUUGCGGGGAUAAAGGCUGGAACAGAAUUGAGGGAACCUCGAAACCCCCGGACGGGAGAAAAAGAAAAACCAAAAAGGCAGGCCCUAAAGAAGGAUCAGUGCUCCUACUGCAAAGAACAGGGGCACUGGAAAAACGAGUGCCCUAAGAGGGACUCAAAGAGAGGAAUGACCCAGAGAGAAAAAAUCCCCCCUGGAACUCGAGUUCUAUAUGCGGGGGAAGACAGUGACUAGAGGAGUCGAGACUCGGCACCCCUCCCCGAGUCCUGGGUAACCAUACAUGUGGAGGGGAAACCCGUUGGCUUCAUGGUGGACACUGGCGCCCAACACUCUGUUUUAAAUAAAAAACUGGGACCAAUGUCUAAGAAAACCAGCUUAGUGCAAGGAGCCACGGGGACAAAAAGAUAUUGUUAGACCACAGAACGGAAAGUAAAUCUGGGGACCCACCAGGUGUCCCAUUCGUUUUUGGUGAUACCAGAAUGCCCAGCCCCUCUACUUGGAAGAGACUUGUUGACUAAAGUUAAUGCUCAGAUCCAUUUUGACCCCGGGGGAAUGUCAGUCACGGAGGGACUUGGACCACCGAUACAUGUCUUGUCCCUAGCCUUAAGAGAUGAAUACAGACUUUUUGCGCCUAAGCCCUCAGAGACCAUAGCACUAGAUGUACAACCGUGGGUCCAUAAAUAUCCAUUGGCCUGGGCAGAAACAGCAGGAAUGGGACUAGCUAAACAGAGACAUCCGGUCGUCAUCGAGCUAAAGGCCGAGGCAAUUCCUGUGAGGGUGAGACAGUACCCUAUGAGCCAAGAAGCUCGGCAGGGAAUCACUCCCCACAUUCGACGGCUCAUGGAGGCCGGAAUUCUCAGGCGAUGCCAAUCCCCUUGGAACACCCCCUUACUGCCGGUGAAGAAGCCAGGGGGGACAGAUUACAGACCUGUCCAAGACCUGCGAGAAGUCAACAAACGGGUGAGUGACAUACACCCAACUGUCCCUAACCCGUAUACCCUCCUGAGCAGUUUACUGCCUGAAUACACUUGGUACACUGUGCUGGACUUGAAGGAUGCCUUUUUCAGCCUACCCCUGGCAGUCCAGAGCCAGGAGAUAUUUGCCUUUGAGUGGACUGAGGGAGAGGGCCAACCGGUAGUACAACUAACUUGGACCCGCCUCCCACAGGGGUUCAAGAACUCCCCUACCUUGUUUAAUGAGGCUCUGAGUGAGGACCUCUACGAAUAUCGGGCUUGCCACCCAGAGGUCAUUCUGCUACAAUAUGUAGAUGACCUUAUGUUGGCUGGAACCACAGAGGAAGCUUGCAGCUGUGCCACUGGGGACCUAUUACAGACCCUAGGCAUCUUGGGGUAUCGCGCUAGCGCAAAGAAGGCACAAAUAGCCCGGCAAGAGGUCACCUAUUUGGGGUAUAAGAUCAGGCAGGGGCAAAGGUGGCUAACCCAGGCCAUGAAAGAAACAAUAUUGCAGAUACCAGAGCCCAAAAACCCCCGCCAGGUGAGAGAGUUUCUGGGGACUGUUGGAUAUUGCAGACUGUGGAUUAUGGGGUUUGCUGAGAAGGCCCGGCCCUUAUAUGAGGGAAGUAAAGAGACCCCAAAGUGGACUUGGACUGAGCCAAUGAAACAGGCUUUCCAGACACUCAGACGGGCCCUACUAGAAGCCCCAGCCCUUGCCCUGCCUAACCCAAAUAAGCCAUUCCAGCUGUUUGUAGAUGAAAAGCAAGGAAUAGGAAAGGGGGUCUUGACUCAACAAUGGGGACCAUGGAAGCGGCCGGUAGCAUACCUUUCGAAGCGAUUAGACCCGGUGGCCGCUGGGUGGCCCCCUUGCCUUCGCAUCAUUGCAGCUACAGCCCUCCUCGUCCGCGACGCUGACAAGUUGACCUAUGGACAGCAACUCUCGGUUUACACCCCCCACGCCGUGGAAGGGGUUUUAAAGCAGCCGCCGGGUAAGUGGAUCUCCAAUGCCCGCUUGACACACUACCAGGCCUUGCUGCUCGAUGCCCCACGGGUGCAUUUUCAGACCCUUUGCUCCCUAAAUCCGGCCACGCUCCUACCCAACCCAGAGAAGGACAGCCCUCUCCAUGAGUGCAGUGAGAUACUGGCUGAGGCCCUGGCGGCACGAAAAGACUUAACUGAUGUACCCCUAAGCAACAGUGAGCUAGUAUGGUUCACCGAUGGGAGCAGUUAUGUAAAAGAUGGGCAAAGGAAGGCGGGAGCCGCCAUAGUUGAUGAUUCAGGGCGGACGAUAUGGGCUGAGGCACUACCCCCAAACACUUCUGCACAAAAAGCAGAAUUGAUUGCCCUAAUACAGGCUCUGGAGCAAGCCAAAGGGAAGAGAGUCACCAUUUUUACUGACAGCCGAUAUGCUUUCAGCACUGCCCAUAUUCAAGGUCCCAUAUACCAAGAAAGGGGAUUUCGGACAGCUGAGGGAAAAGAGGUCAAAAAUCUGCCUGAGAUUCGCAGGCUCUUGGAAGCUGUCCAACUACCCCGGGCAGUAGCUAUAGUACAUGUCCCCGGUCACCAGAAGGGAGAAGACCCUAAGACGCGAGGCAAUUGUGCUGCUGAUGCGGCCGCUCGAGAAGCGGCUAGCUGGGACUAUGCCGCCCCCAUAUUAGCCGUG